CGCAAUGAAAUUUUCUCAACCCCUAAUGAAUGCACCCCCGAGAGUUGCAGUGCAGGCAGAGGGUUGUUUUCCGCCCCGAGAUUAAUCGAGGUCAAGUCUCCAGCUUGCGAUGCCGUUAGCGUAUUAGGCGAUGGAGUUGAACACGACGUGCAACGAGUCGGUGGCGGUGUGCUCGUCGGGGAAUGCGUCGGACACGGAUGACCAGCUGACGCCGGCCAUGGCCGAGGUGGUGUCCAUCCUGGUGCCGAUCCUUUUCGGCAUCAUCAUCGUGAUCGGGCUGAUCGGCAACGCGCUGGUCGUGGUGGUGGUGAGUGCCAACGCGCAGAUGCGUAGCACCACCAACCUGCUGAUCAUCAACCUGGCCGUCGCCGACCUGCUCUUCAUCAUCUUCUGCGUCCCCUUCACCGCCAGCGACUACAUCCUCACCUACUGGCCCUUCGGAGACGUCUGGUGCCGCGUCGUCCAGUACCUGAUCGUCGUCACCGCCUACGCCAGUGUCUACACGCUCGUCCUCAUGACGGUUGACCGCUUCUUGGCGGUUGUGUACCCGAUCAAGAGCAUGUCGGUGCGGACGGAGCGGCACGCGGUGAUGGCGAUCGCGGUUUUGUGGGUGCUGAUCGUGACCAGCGCCGUACCGGUGUACUACAGCCACGGCGAGCGGCACUACAAAUUCAAUGACGAGGAGCACAUCGUUUGCGUGUUCCUCGACCACGAGUACCAGUGGGCCGUCUUCCAGAUCAGCUUCUUCGUGACGUCGUACGUGCUGCCGCUGGCGCUCAUCUGCGGCCUCUACCUCGGCAUCCUGCUGCGUCUGUGGCGCGGCGUCGCACCCGGCGGACGCGUCUCCGCCGAGAGCAGGCGCGGCAAACGCCGCGUCACGCGCAUGGUCGUCGUCGUCGUCGCCACCUUCGCCAUCUGCUGGUGCCCCAUCCAGCUCAUCCUGGUGCUCAAGUCGCUCGACAGGUACGACAUUUCUGCGGGCGGCAUCAUCGCGCAGAUCGUGAGCCACGUGCUGGCUUACAUGAACUCGUGCGUGAACCCCAUCCUGUACGCUUACCUAUCGGAAAACUUCCGCAAGGCGUUCAGCAAGGUAAUCUACUGCUGGACCCCACCCCCGACUGUCGGCCCCGCCCGCUCCCACGCUGCCGCCGCCGGUGCCCACGACCCAGCUGAGGGCACCAAGACCACCAAGACUAACGGCAACAACGACUUUUUGUAGGUCGUUGUAAGCCCUGAACACCCUGAACCUUUGCCGGACGCGCCCUCUCAAACAGGAGGAGGGGCGUGUGCCGCUUCGUGCUCAAACCGAGUGCCUACGAGCGAGGCGCCGGCCGUCAGGGCGGCGAGCCGGCGCGGACCCUGAGCCCCGCGCGCCGCCGCCGCAGGCCGGACGCCCUCGGACGCUCUCAGCUGCGAGUGUCGGGCCGUCGACGCGGAAAAUGGCGGCCGCGUGCCCUCUGAGCCGGGACACGCGCCUUCCGCUUUCCGCCAGGCCGAAAAAAAAUAAUUUCAUCAGUCAGUGUGUAAAUAAUAAUUAAAGAGAAAAAAAUGAAAUAAAAUAAAUAGUUGUUGGUCGGCGGGUGCGGGACAAACGGACUCUGCUCUCUCUUUCUGUCUCUCUCUCUCUCUCCCCGCACUCGUCGUCGCUAAUUGUUGAUCGUGUAUUAUAUACGCAUAUUACUGAUGAACCGAGCUAUUUUGUGUAAAAAAGAAAUGUGAGAAUAAAUAAAGAAAUAAAAGAGAACUUAGCUGUCGAUCUGUAAGUGUCUCGGGCGAUAGGACGAAACAAAUUCUAUCUCUACGUUGUUGUUAAAUAUCUGCUCUCGCUGUUCGCGCGCUGAUGGACGAAACUUGAGGUGAAUAAAGUCGACACAUUUCCCUGGUGGAGUCACAGCAAA